AUGCUGCGGCGCCGCCUGGGGACGUGGCCAUGGCCGGCGGUAAGGCGGGGGCUGUCGCGGCUGGCGCCGCCUGCGCCCGCGGCGGUGGUGCGCGUGGACAGCAACAACGUGGCCCGCCUCGGCGCGCCCAAGCCCGGGCCGAGGCCGCGGCAGCUGCUUUCCCUGCCGCCGUUCCCCGCCGGGGCCGACCCGCUCCCCGGGAGGAAGGUGGCGCCGCGCCACGUGACGGCGGUCAGCUGGGUGAAGCACUGCUUCGCUGACGUGCCGCAGGAGGUCGUGCAGGCGCACUUCAACAAGAGGCAGGUUUACACUGAGUGCUCAGAUCAGGAGGUUUCAGCAGAGGGCAUUUGGUGCCGGAAGCAUCAUUUGAAGAAGAUCAAGCAUUCUGAAGUGAUGGAGCCUGGCAUGAGAAUUCAUCUUGCUGUGUCUGUGGCUGAGGCCGAGAUAAAGAAGCGGUAUGAGACCAUUCCAACUGCCACACUGCAUCCCAAUAGGGAUGAGAUUGAGUACCUGAAAAGGCUUGUCAUCUACAAGGACUCAGCCAUACUUGUGCUUAACAAGCCUCCAAAAGUGCCCAUGAAGGGGAAUUUACCAGUACAUAACAGUAUGGAUGUGCUUGCAGCAGCAGCACUGUCAUAUGGGAAUGAAGAGGGUCCGAAAUUGGUCCACCGACUGGACAGAGAUACUAGUGGUUUGCUGUUGAUGGGGAGAACAAGAGAAAGCUUUACCCGGCUGCACUGGCUCUUCACUAGCAUCAAAUUGGCAAGAACAGCUUCGCAGACAUGGAAUACCGCCUGUGAAUCAUACGUGCAGAGGUACUGGGCGUUGGUAAUUGGGACCCCUACAGAGAGUGAAGGAGUUAUAUCUGCUCCUCUCACAAAGGUACUUCUUGAUGAUGGAAAAGCUGAGAGGGUCAUUCUGGCGCAUCCCUCUGGCAUAGAUGGUGCACAGGAGGCUGUUACUGAGUAUCGAGUGAUGGGACCAACCAUCAAUGGCUGUUCCUGGAUUGAGUUGCGCCCAUUGACAGGCCGGAAGCAUCAGCUCAGAGUGCACUGUGCGGAAGCCUUAGGCACUCCCAUUGUUGGAGAUUACAAAUAUGGGUGGUUCGUGCACCAAAGGUGGAAGCAGAAUCCCCAACCGGAUUUUGAGCCGUUUACUGGGGAACCAUACAAGCUGAGGCGGCCUGAAGGCUUGGAGGUUCAGAAGGGCAGUGUUCUCUCUAAAGUCCCUUUGCUGCACCUGCAUUGCCGGGAGAUGGUGGUCCCGAACAUCUCAAAGUUCCUGAGUAACACCGGAGAGUGGCAUGAUAAUGGCACCCCAUGGUCCAAGGAGAAGCCGAAUCUCCUAAGGUUCAUCGCGCCGUUGCCCGCGCACAUGAAAAUUAGCUGGAAUAUAAUGUCUUCCUACCUGGUGUGAUGGUUUAUCUUAGUUUGAAUGAUUUUUUAUGUCACUCCUCUUAAGUUGCAUUUCAUGAUGUGACCCCUUCAAGAUCACUGACAUGCAGGGCCCAUGCCCACAUUUCAGUGACACAUGGAGUGGCAUAUUCUGAAACUCAGAAUGAGGGGAGUUACAUAUAAUAUUGUUAUUUAUGUUUUCUUUGGGAUUGUCAGGUUGUAGAUUUGUAGCAGCUGGCAUUUCAGAAUCAGCGAACAAUUGAUGCCACCAUUGUAAUUUUUUAGGGAGAUUAUAAAUCA